AGGUCGAUUGCGUACCCUCUACACGUACCCCGGGUGUAAUUAUUUCGUUUAAAGCGCCAUUCUUAGAGGUAAGUAGAUUCAUGAAUUAUGAAUUGAUGCGCACUAAAAGGACACUUUAUUUGAAUUUCAUACUUUAGUAAGGGUCUGUUUUGUACUCAGACCAGAUGUUUUACUUCCAGCAGUCGUUUCUGAUCUAGAUUAACGGGACAGGGAAAUGCUUUAGUGAAGAUUGGAACACGCAAUACGUAUCAGUCUAGGCGGAAGUUGCUAUUUUCGAAGGCGACAGGAAACUGAAAGCGAAAGCCUUUACUCACAGUUCGUUUUCCGGUGCUAGAGAAUGACUAGCCUUCUCUAAUUCAAUGACAUGUUUUCCGAGAACUCGACUGAGGCAUUAUUUAUCGAUGAUAUUUUUUUCAACAAAAUUAUUGUGCUUUUAAAUUCAAUCUGAUAAACCAUAGGACAUUUGACCACAAGUAAUGUUUGGGACAAAUCGUGCAGUCUCGGUUAUAGUCAACUAAUUUUCCACAAAGUGUGACUCUCAUUUGAUGCAUAUAAGCUGAUAAAUCUAAUGGUGCUAAAACAUAAUAUUAACAGAGAGGCUUUCUUAUACAGAAAACCCAAAAGAUAGGGAAUAUUUCCAUAACAAAUAACCACUGAGGAGGGUGGGAUGGAAAGAAAAUGGCGGAUGAGGUUCAGUGUGCACUGAAGAGGCUAUUGAGCAUUUGAACUCUAAUUCCAAAGCAAUCUUUCUUUUUGCCUUAGCAUAUAGCUUUACUUUAGUAGUAACAGGGACCACUGAAUAGCCUGCAGAUGUUAAAUUAUGCAACAGCCGAUUCAAAGCUAAGUUUCCCAAAAACUAUUGAAGUUUUCCUUGGCAAUUUGUUGAAUGAAAUAUUUACAUAUUAUAUAUUAUAUUUAUAUAUUAUCCUCAGUUCCCAGUUCAACCUGCUGUGUUUUAAAAAUAGCAAACACAUGCAGUAUCCAUUAAUUGAAAUAUCUGAAGGUUUUACCAUUAUAGGAUUCCUCUUGAGUUCAAUUAUUUUUUAACAACCCCUUUUGAGCAUGAUCGAGUGAAACAGCCUUAUGUCAUCUAUGUCUUUCAGAUUAUCCUAAAGUUUUCUUCAGUUCAUUACACUGUUCAAUAGCAACAAUUACUGCCUUAACCCUUUAACUCCCAGAUCCAAUUUGUAAUUCUCCUUACUGUCAGUUAUACAAUUCUUAUAAUGUUAGUUCAGAGGAUUUAGUAUUGGAUCAACUAAUUAUCCCUGAAUUGAUAUUUUUCUUAAUUCUUGUCACUUAUUUGGUUGAUUGUAAGGAGAAAUUUGGUGUUGGUCACUCAUGGGAGUUAAAGGAAUAAAUAUAGCACCUUAAAUGGAAUUUUUGUGAUGGUCAAUAUCUCUCACAUUUGAUUAAUAUUUAUUUUAUGUUUUUCUUUUUCAGAAAUUAUUACAUGUCCAUCAUUUUCUGACUGCUCAUAUUGUGAUUUUUUGAAGGCAGGAAAUCUUAACAGGGUAGGUAUAUAUGUUUUUUUUUUCCAUUUUUCCCUCUUUAAUAUAAGAUAUAUAUGUAAGGAUUUUUUGUGUCUCAUUCUCAUGGGAAUGAAAAAUGUUUGUUAUUAUGGGCUAUUUUUUUUUUUUCAUGAAUAUCAGUUUGCUUUGAAUAUAAAAUAUAAUGUUAAAGUAGCAAGAUAGGCCACUAAGUAAAUUUGCAUCAAUCUUUAACCAGUGGUUCAAUCCUUUGAAUUUACGCUCAGGAGUAUAAAUUGAAUGUUGUCAUCCUUCAAUAGUGUUUGACACCAUGUCUUAUUAUGAUGGACCUUGCAGCUGAAAUGCAUGUAAUGAUUAGAAAGUUGCUUUGGUUGUUACAGGUGUAAUGACCAGUAAUGACCAGUAUACCUUGUGGAUAAGAUCUUUUCCAAAAUGGGUGUACUUUGUAUGUGUAAAUGAGAGCAAGUAACAUUACUUUGUUAUGGAUAUUACAUAAUGUCCAUAAUAAAACCAGUCCUCUUUUUUGUUUUCUCUCAAAUUAAAAACCAUUUUUUUUUGUCAGCCCGGCUCCUUUUUUACUUUCUAGGGGCCUAAACUUGAGUGUUAUAAAUUAUUGAAAUCCUGGAAAACACAUGAAAACAUAAAGCCCACUUCAUGUAAUGGACAUCAUAUUAAAGACAUUACAUUACAGACAUCACAUUAUAGACAUAUUAUAUUAUGGACAUUAUGACUGCAUGACUUUAAUUAUGGUAAUUCUCUUUGGAGAAAUAAAUGCUAUAUGCAUACCAAUUUUGUUCAAAUUUAUCACAUCCAAGUUUUCAGUGCUUUUAACUAAACACCAUUAACAAUAACUGUAACAACAACUGUACAUUGAUUAGGAGAAGUAACACCACGCUUACAUGAGUAUAAAUUUUCAAAAAGUGUGAGUCCAAGUGUGAAUUAAGUUUUCUGAGACAUACAUGUAUAUUUAGAGUCAGCACCUUCUUUUAUAAUAUCUGAAGAUAACAAAUUAAAAUAUAGCAUGCAAUGUUUCAGAAAUGCUUAAAACAAGCAAUACUUCAACUUUCAAAGGCCAUUGCACUGAUAAUACUAUAGAGAAAGUUGUCAAUUCAUGCAGUUCAGUGCAGUAUAACUUUCCAAAAUAGUAUCAACUGGCUUAUUAAGAGUCAAUGAAUAGUACUCUUACAAAAAGUUCAGAACAAUCCAAGUUUUGUAAUUAAAGCAGUGUUUAACUACCGCAAUCUGCAGCUAGUUUGAUUAUUUAUUUGAAAACAUUUUCUUUUUGAAGAUAUUUAAAAGCCUCUUGAUAUAUGAAAGACUUGGAACAUGGAAACAUCCAGUGCCUUUAAGCUCUUUGGAGUCAUAGAAGACUCUUCUCUUGUGGACAAUAUCAAUAUUGCUUCUCACAGGCCAGUUAAAUGUUUUGACAACUUGGUGAAGAAAUUUGAUUUCAACCUCAUUAUCAGUAACCCUAAGGGCUCUUCCAAUGUAAAACUUGGUGUCACACUAGAAAUCUGCACCAGAAAGCAAGAACCAAAAGACAGCAGAAACACUAGUUAGAGCAUGCUCAUUAAAACUGAAUCGUAAGGAGCAUGCUCUUUAUGGAAUACUAGAUACCACUAUUACAUGUACACCUAAGUUUAGUAUUGAUGUUAUGAUUAUCAGCUGAACCAAAAAAGAGAAUUAACUUGUAAUUGAGCCUGAUUAGGAUAAAUUUAUCAGUUCUGACAAAGUCAAUUAUCAAAAGUUCAUAUUAAAUAAAUAAAAAUAUUCCCUUAUUCUUACCAGUGUAAGAAAAAGUUCCACAGCGUAAUGUCCGUAACAAAAAUUGUGUAAUGUCCAUAACAGGAAGUUUUUACCUCAAACACAAAAUCUAAAUACAGAAUAAGGAAUACAACUAGAUUUUAAAGUUAUGCAAUCUGCACGAUGUGUUGAUGUGUUGUGUGUGUGUUCUCAUCUUUGUCCCUGAAAUCAUAUGGAGGGUCACAUUUGGUCAGCCUUUGUGAAUCAUGGAGGUUUUUGUUGUUGUUUUUGUUGUUGUUGUUGUUUGUUGUUGUUUUUAAUUCUAGUUGACUUUUGAUAAUUAUAAAUGAAUAAAGGGGGUAUAAGUUUCUAAGGGAACUGUGGUACUGCCUUGGUGGGAGAGUAUACCAGGAUAAUUUAGUAUUAUCAGUUGAGUUGAUAAGGUUUAAAAAGAUGACAUUUUGAGUUUUAGCCCUUUGUCAGAGCAAACAAAUUGUCAGCUUUUAACCUCAUGGCAGAGGCAAAUUUACAUUUAUUUAUCAACUCAGCUGACAAUAAGAAAGUACUUUGAUACAAUUAUAUAAUGUUGCCGUUAAUACCACUUAUAACCUUGGGGCACCUGUUAGUGCCCUUAUUUGUGACCAUCAUUGUCUUUCAUAACUGAUAUAUAGUAACUGUUGUUCUGCUGCUUGUCUUUUCAGACUUUCUGACUUUAUCCCUGAUUCAAGGGUUAUUUUCUUGAACCCAGGAAACUCUAUACAAGGUAGGAGGACUUGCUGCUCUUUUUUUUUCUCUCAUUUUUGAAACUUGCCUUCAUUUUGUCAAUCUGUAUUAACCCUUUAAUUGCCAUGAGUGACCAAGACAGAAUUUCUCCUUACAAUAUCAACACAAUAUCAACCAGAGAAGUGAUGAGAGUAAAGAAAUGUAUAAAUUUGGGGAUGAUUAGUUGAUCCAAUAUUACUGUAAAUUCUCUGAACUAACCUUAUAAGAAUUGUAUGGUUUGGAGUAAGGAUUUGAUGUGAGAGUUAAAGGGUUUACUUAAUAAUUUAUUUGCAGGGAAUAAUUUUGUCCUGUUUGCAUAUGUUUAGAAUUAUGCAUGCUUUUAUUUCACUCAUAUCCAUGUAGUAUCAAUUAUUUUUUCUGGUAAUGUUAUGUCGAGACAUGUUUGUAGCAUGUCGAAGCACAAAAUCUGACCCAAUGCUGGACGAAUCACAAAGAUCAUGUAAACAAUCCAAAAUGUUGUGGAUUAGGAGACCCUAAAUUGUUUAAAAAAUAGUAAUCUGAAAGAUGACUUUGCGGGAAAUGGCCAAGAAAGGCUGUUUAUUUUUGUCUAAUGAAAAGUGUAUGAAAAUAGCUGGUACGCUGAAAGGUUUAAAAUGAUUUCAGUAAGACACAAUGUAUUCCUUAAGUCUCACCUGAACAACAAAACUAACAGAACUCAACACAUAGAAGAACUUGCAGAUAGGAUUUUUUCCAAAAUGGAUGUACUUUGUAAAUGAGAGCAAGUGCAACUGGCUUAUUAAGAGUCAAUGAAUAGUACUCUUACAAAAAGAUCAGAACAAUCUAAGUUUAGUUAUUAAAGUAGUGUUAAACUUCUGCAAUCUGCAGUUAAUUUGAUCAUUUAUUUGCAAACAUUUUAUUUUCAAAGAUAUUUAAAAAUCCUCUUAAUAUAUGAAAGACCUGGAAUAUUGAAAGGUCCAGUGCCUUUCAGCUCUUUGGAGCCACAGUAGACUCUUCUCUUGUGGACAAUAUCAAUAUUGCUCCUCAGAGGCCAGUUAAAUGUUUUCUAAACUUGGUAAAGAAAUUUGAUUUCAACCUCAUUAUCAGUGACCCUAAGGGCUCUUCCAAUGUAAAACUUGUUGUCACACUAGAAACCUGUACUGCAUCUCAGAAAGCAAGAACCAAAAGACAGCAGAAAUACCAGUUAGAGCAUGCUCAAUAAAAUGGAAUUGUAAGAAGCAUGCUCCAUAUGGGAUACUCCACCUACCACAGUUACAUGUACACCCAAGUGUGAUAUUAAUGCUUUGGUUAUCAGCACAACCAGAAAAGAGAAUUAACCUUUAACUCCCAAGAUCUAAUUGUUAAUUCUCCCCUCUAGCUGCUACACAUUUCCUUGUAAAUUAGUUAUGAGAACUUGGUGCUAGAUGAAGAUAGCAGCUUCUACCUGAUAAGUUUGAAUAUUCUCAUCACCUGUUUCCUGAAUAAUGUAUGGAUUUGUAGGGAGAAGUUUUACAUUAAUCACCUCUGGGAGUUAAAGGGUUAACUUGUAAUUGGGCCUGAUUAAGAUAAAUUUAUCAGUUCUGACAAAGUCAAUUAUAAAAAGCUCUUAGAUAAACAUAACUAUUCCUUAUUCUUACCAGUGAGUGUAAGAAAAAAGUUCCACAGUGUAAUGUCUGUAACAAACAUUGUGUAAUGUCCAAAGCAAUUGUUUAAAAUUAUAUUUCAUCGAAUGGCAAGAGCAAUCUAUAUGAGAUGGUAAAAAUAACCAAAACCAUCAUGACCUAUUCUAUUUUACAACUGCCUAAAUAGUGAAAUCUAAAAUAUUUCAUAUCUAGCCCAAUCAUGAAGUAAUUUCAUAUUAUCAGCUGAGUUAAUUGAUAAUGUAAAUUUGCUACUAUGACGAUAAUUAUGCAAAUAAAUGAUCAAACUAACUGCAGAUUGCAGUAGUUAAACACUGCUUUAAUUACUAAACUUAGAUUGUUCUGAACUUUUUGUAAGAGUACUUCGUUGACUGUUAAUAAGCCAGUUGAUACUAUUUUGGAAAGUUACACUGCACUGAACUGUAUGAAUUGACAACUUUCUCAAAAAAAUUAUCAGUGCAAUGGCCUUUGAAAGUUGAAGUAUUGCUUGUUUUAAGCUUCGUUUCUGAAACAUUGCAUGCUAUAUUUUAAUUUUUAUCUUAAGAUAUUAUAAAAAGAAGGUACUGACUUUAAAUAUGAUAUGUCUAUCAGCAAACUUAAUUCACACUCAGACUCGAACUUUUUGAAAAUUUAUACUCCUCAUGUCAGUGUGGUGUUGCUACUGCUAAUGUACAGUUGUUGUUAUGGUUAUUGUUGUUAGUGUUUAGUCAAAAACACUAAAACUUGGAUGUGAUAAAUUUGAACAAAAUUGGUAUGCAUGUAUGUAACGAUAUCGAUGUUAUCGUUCUAUUUACUUCCGGUCCGCAUUUACGUCAUAACUACCAUGGCAACAAAACUUUAGAGACCAUGCUUUCCGGUUUUGUAGAGUUCGUCGGACAUCGAUUAAAUAGACUUGUGUUACUUCACCUGUGUGUGUCUUGUUCUUCCUAUAAACAACGCCACAUGGUGUCAGGAGUGGGAUUCUUCCUACAGAAUCGUCGCUGAAAUACUUGAGUGCAUUUUCAAGCCAAACUCAGUGAAUCUAGCUCCAGAUGACCGAAUCAGGCUCGUCGAGCGUAGCGUCAACAAGCACGCAGCCAGCAACUCCUCAAUUUAUCCAGUCCUCUAUUCCUUUACCGUCGAAACUAGACUUCAAGGGGAACUUAGCUGUGAAUUGGAAGAAAUUUAAGCGGCUGUGGACAAACUACGAGAUCGCCUCACGGCUCAGUACGCAAAUCAGUAAUCUUCGAACAGCCACAUUGUUGACAUGUAUUGGCCCAGAUAUCCUGGAGAUUUACGAUGGUUUGCCCUUCGGAAAUGAAGAGGAGAAAACCGACAUCGACAAAGUGAUAGAGCUUCUAGACGCCUUUUUCAUCGGUGAGACGAAUGAAAUAUACGAAGCCUAUCUGUUCAAUCAGAGAGUACAGGAGGUCGGUGAGUCAUUUGAUGUUUUCCUUACAGCUUUACGUUCGUUAGCUAAAACGUGCAAUUUUGGCAUCAUGCAAGAGCGAAUGAUUAGAGACAGAGUUGUCGUAGGAAUUAGAGAUAACGCCACCCGAAAAAAGCUGCUAGCUGAGAACAAACUAACUCUUAAUAAGUGUAUUGAUAUUUGCCGUGCGAGUGAAACCACAUCCAAACAACUUAAGGAGAUGUCCCAUGCGGAGGAGGUUAGCGCCGUUGCCACAGGCCACCCAAAAUCGAAGAUUGGUUUACGCCAUAAUGAAGUACGAAAUUUCAGUAAAGUUCAACGCCCCGUCCACAACAAAGUAACAGAACCAGUUAGAUGUAAGUUCUGCCACAGAACCCAUCCUUUAAAAAAGGAACUCUGUCCAGCAUGGCAGCACAAGUGUGAUAACUGUGGUCGAAUGAACCACUUCUCAGUGGCUUGCAGAAGUCAGAAAGCUAAAAAAAAGCAAACUAAGAAGUCAGUUCACAUGUAGAAACAAGAUGUUCAGGAGUUUAAUGACGAAGAUUCUGAUGAUUACUUAUUCAGUGUAGAAUCUGUGAGCGUCCUUUAUGCAAAAAACAGUCCAAAGAAGAUUUAUGCUAACAUGCGCUUGAGGGAUGAAACAGUGAAAUUCCAGUUAGACUGUGGAGCAACAGUCAAUAUCCUCCCAGCAGAUAUUUAUCAGCAGGUAUUUAACGAUCCGCGAAUGGAACGCCUCCAGCCUACUCAAACUACCCUCGUCAUGUUCAACAAAUCAGAGCUGAAACCUCUAGGAUGUACUAAGGUCGAGACCUUCAACCCCAAGAAUGGACAGUGUUUCCUCACGGAAUACACCGUCGUUCCAACAGGUCACACAGCACUCCUUGGUGCUGAAUCGGUGCAGCAGUUUGGCCUCAUAGUGAUUAACACCGAUAACAUCAUGUCUCUCUCUAAUGAGAUUCCCACACAGCCGGAUCUCGUGAGCAAAUUCGGAGAUGUCUUCUCAGGAGAAGGAAAGCUCAAAGGAAAGCUUCACCUCGAGAUUGAUAAGUCUGUAACCCCUGUGGCACUGCCAGUGAGGAAAGUCCCCCUUUGCAGUAAAAGAGCCUUUAAAACAGGAACUAGAACGCUUAGUUAAGAUAGGCAUCUUGCAACCAGUAGAUGUUCCAACAGAUUGGAUUUCCUCAAUGGUGGUCAUUAAGAAGAGCAAUGGAAAGAUAAGGUUAUGUAUUGACCCAAAACCUCUGAAUAAAGCACUCAGGAGAAACCAUUUUCCCCUUCCAGUGAUCGACGAUCUACUACCACUCCUUACAAAUGCUAAAGUCUUCAGUGUCGUCGACGCAAAGAACGGGUUUUGGCAUGUGCAGCUAGACGAUGAAAGCAGUCUUCUGACCACAUUUGGUACCCCCCUGGGGAAGGUUCCGCUGGACGCGGAUGCCCUUCGGCAUAUCACCCGCUCCGGAAGAGUUUCAGAGGAGAUUGGAAUACGCCCUGGAAGGUCUUGAUGGAAUUAAGCCAAUAUUUGAUGAUAUCCUUGUUUUUGGUGUCGGAGAAACAGAAACAGAAGCACUUUCUGAUCAUGAUGCAAAGCUGACAGCAUUGUUAGAACGCUGCCGCGCCACUGGCAUUAAGUUAAACAAAGAGAAGCUUAAGCUCCGUCGCAAAGAAGUGAAGUUUAUGGGACAUGUUAUAUGUCAAGAUGGUCUUAAGCCUGACCCAGACAAGGUACAAGGUAUCAAAGAGAUGCCAACCCCGACAAGCAAACAAGAUCUCAAGAGACUUCUCGGCAUGGUAAAUUACCUCCAGAAGUUUGCUCCUAACCUGUCAGAAGUUACAUCCCCAAUGAGAGACCUUUUGAAAGAAGGGAACCAGUUCCGUUGGGAUGAGCAAGUACAAGGUUGUAGUUUCAAGCGAGUUAAGGAGAUACUCUCAGCUGCCCCUGUCCUCAAGUAUUUUAACCCCAAAGACGACGUGGAAUUGCAGUGUGAUGCAUCAGACCGAGGACUUGGUGCAUGUCUAAUGCAAGGAGGCCAGCCCGUGGCUUAUGUAUCUCGUUCCAUGACAGAAACGGAAGUGAACUAUGCCCAGAUAGAGAAAGAGAUGCUUGCAAUACUUUUCGGAGUAGAACGUUUUGAGCAGUUUGUAUAUGGUCGACCUGUCAAGAUCCAAACUGACCACAAACCCUUGGAGAGCAUCUUCCGUAAAAGUCUACUCAGUGCGCCUAAACGUCUCCAGCGAAUGUUGCUAAGAUUGCAGAAGUUUGACCUUCAAGUGUCUUACAAAAAAGGGACUGAAAUGUAUCUGGCAGAUACACUGAGCAGAGCAUACAGAGUGCGCAAGAGCACAAAAGAAGAUGUAGCAGAAGAUGUUAUGUACAUAGAGGACAUGAGAGGAGACACUGAAAGAGAGCUAGAGCACAUCAAUAUGAUACAAUACUUGCCAGUAUCGGAACCAACGCUGAUUGCCAUUCAGCAAGCAACAGAAUCCGAUCCUACCCUGAGAGAGCUGAAGAGAACAAUCAGGCAAGGUUGGCCAGCUACCAAAGCUGGGGUAUCAGCAAACAUCAGUGGUUACUUUACAUUUCGGGACGAACUGUCUUUACAGAAUGGACUGGUGUUCAAAGGUGAAAGACUAGUUAUCCCUAUGAGCGUGAAAGCUGACAUGUUGGCUAAGAUCCACCGGAGCCACAUCGGCAUCCAAGGCUGUCUCAGAAGAGCAAGAGAAGUAGUCUACUGGCAUGGGAUGAACAAAGAUGUCGAAGAUUAUGUAGCAAAGUGUGCCGUCUGCAACAGCCAGCCUGUCGAGCAAGGAAAAGAGCCAAUGAUUUGUCACGAACUGCCUAGUAGACCCUGGGAGAAAAUCGCAGUUGAUCUUUUUGAUCUGAACGGUGUAGAUUUCAUGGUGACCGUUGACUACUAUUCAAGCUUCUUUGAAGUCGACAGAAUGACAAGCAAGACAGCAGACGAAGUUGUGAAGAAGUUGAAAGCCCAUCUUGCCCGCCAUGGAAUUCCCGACCAGCUUGUAUCGGAUAAUGGACAGCCCUUUUCUUCCGCAAAGUUCCAACAGUUCGCAGACACUUAUGGUUUUGAACAUAUAACAAGCUCUCCAACAUAUCCUCAGUCCAACGGCAAAGUCGAGAACACGGUGAAGACAGCAAAACAUCUGCUAGAAAAAGCCGUCAAGUCCGAACAAGACCCAUAUCUUGCCCUGCUGGACUGGAGAAAUACUCCCACAGAAACACUCAACUCGUCACCUGUUCAGCGAUUAUUCGGUAGAAGAACAAAGACUCCACUCCCAACCUCAAACCAAUUGCUCAAGCCGAAGCUACCAGAGGAGGUUGAUCAGAAGUUGAAGCUACAAAAGGCUAAACAAUCCCUGUACUACAAUCAAGGCGCCAAAGAACUGAAGGAACUGCGCCCAGGAGACACAGUGCGAUUGCAGCCACUAAAAUCCCACUUGGGAAAGAAGAAGGAUUGGACCCAAGCAAGAGUCGAAGGCAAAGUCGACAUAAGGUCCUAUCAAGUCAGAACAGAAGAUGGAAGAAUUUAUAGGAGGAACCGCAGACACCUGAGACAUACACGUGAAGUGAUGCCACACAGUGAAGAUGGGAUGAGAUUAUCCCCAAAAAGCAACACCAAUUUCUGCUACUGCAAAUUCUGGUAAUGAAAUACCAUCGGUACCACCUUCCAUACCAAGUACUGCAGUCAGUAAGGACCAAUCAGACACAGUACCUUUGCAGAACACGGACAAGCCACAUCCGGAAUAUCCACCUCAGUCUGCAGCAGAUAAGCAGGAGAUUUCCCCAUCGGUGACCACCACUCGAUCUGGACGAAUUGUGCGACCACCCACACGUUACCAGUGAUUGGGGUUAUCGAAAGAACACAAAAAAAAAAGACAUGACAAACUCUUAAUUUUCUUUUUUUUUUUGUGUUUUAUUUUAAACUAGGAUUGAGACACUCAGUUACGUUUACAUUUUUUUUUGUUUCCUGAAGAAAGGGAGAUGUAACGAUAUCGAUGUUAUCGUUCUAUUUACUUCCGGUCCGCAUUUACGUCAUAACUACCAUGGCAACAAAACUUUAGAGACCAUGCUUUCCGGUUUUGUAGAGUUCGUCGGACAUCGAUUAAAUAGACUUGUGUUACUUCACCUGUGUGUGUCUUGUUCUUCCUAUAAACAACGCCACAAUGUAGCAUUUAUUUCUCCCAAAAGAAUUACCAUAAUUAAAGUUAUGCAGUCACAAUGUCCAUAAUAUAAUAUGUCUAUAAUGUGAUGUUCUUAAUGUAAUGUCUGCAACAUAAUUAUCAUAAAAUAAAGUGGGCUUUAUUUUUUCUUGCGCUUUUCCAGGAUUUUGGUAAUUUACAACACUCAAGUUUGGGCCCCUAGAAAGUAAAAUAGGAGCCAAGCAGACCAAAAAAAAACUGGUUUUCAAUUUCAGAGAAAAUUAAAAAAAGGACUGUUUUUGUUACGGACAUUAUGAAAUGUCCAUAACAAAAUAAUGUUACUUGCUCUCAUUUACAAAGUACACCCAUUUUGGAAAAAUCUUAUCCACAAGUUCUUCUUUGUGUUGAGUUCUGUUAGUUCAGUUCUUCUGGUCAGAUUUAAUGAAUACAUGUGUCUUACUUAAAUCACUUUAAACCUUUCAGCGUGCCAGCUAUUUUCAUACACUUAAUUUUCAUUGGACAAAAAUAAACAGCCUCUCUUGGCCAUUUCUCGCAAAGUCAACUUUCAGAUUACUAUUUUUUAAACAAUUUAGGGUCUCCUUAUUCCAAAAAUUCAUGAUUGGGCUAGAUAUGAAAUAUUUUAGAUUUCACUAUUUAGGCAGUUGUAAAAUAGAAUAGGUCAUGAUGGUUUUGGUUAUUUUUACCAUCUCAUAUAGAUUGCUCUUGCCAUUCGAUGAAAUAUAAUUUUAAACAAUUGCUUUGGCUGUCAAUGGCUAUAUGUGAUGGCAAUUUAUGAAUAUCUUGAGCAUGUUGGAUUGUUUACAUGAUCUUCAUUAUUCAUCCAGCAUUGGGUUAGAUUUUGUGCUUCAACAUCCAUGCUACAAACAUCAUCAAAAGUAACCUCUCCACAUGAAAAAAAUAAUUUAUGCAAAAUCACCAUAGUAGCCGCUAAUUGCCAAAGGGUACCUUGAAGGACUUAAGUUAGGUUUAACUUGGCAAAACCUAUGAUAGACACUUUGCAUAAAUGUACUAAUUUCCCAAGACAUGCAAGCAUGGGGUGAAAAUUUCUAAUCCAUAAGUACUUUGUCAAGGAUGGAACCAGAUCUCUGCACAAGAUCUUCCAUAUUCCUGUUUUAGGAGGGGAGCUUAACCUUUGAUUUUAUAUGAAUUAAUAAGUCUUAACCAGUGACCCAAAAUUGAGUCUCUCGAAUGUUAAUGUUCAUAAGUCAACAUACAGUUGAAGCACUUCACAAACCUAGCUGUACUUAGUAAUUAAACCAGCAGUAUAUCAGAAGGACCACCAGAAUUUCAGCAAAAUUUUCUAAGAGUAUUUCCACAUGUUUGUAGCCAAACAUAAUUACAACCAUUGAUCACAAUAUAAUUAAAUAGUUAAUUAAUAUAAUGCAUAGUUCUUGACAUAACAUUACCAGGCAAAAUAAUUAAUACUCACAUGGAUAUAAGUGAAAUGAGAGCAUGGAGAAUUCUAAACAUAUGCCAACAGGACACAAUUAUUCCCAGCAAAUAAAUUAUUAACCCUUUUAACUCCCACAUCAAAUUUGUAAUUCUCCCUACUCCCAAUAAUACAAUUCUUAUAAUGUUAGUUCAGAGAAUUUAGUAUUGAAUCAACUUAUUAUCCCCAAAUUUAUAUUUUUCUUUACUCUCAUCACUUAUCUGGUUGAUAUUGUGUUGAUAUUGUAAGGAGAAAUUAUGUCUUGGUCACUCAUGGCAAUUAAAGGGUUAAUACAGAUUACUUUGUUCUAAUUAUAAAAUGUUGCCAUUAAUACCACUUAUAACCUUGGGCACCUGUUAGUGCCCUUAUUUGUGACUGUCAUUGUCUUUCAUAACUGAUAUAUAGUAACUGUUGUUCUGCUGCUUCCUUUUUCAGACUUUCCGACUUUAUCCCUGAUUCAAGGGUUAUUUUCUUGAACCCAGGAAACUCUAUACAAGGUAGGAGGACUAACACUGCUCUUUUUUUUCUCAUUUUUGAAACUUGCCUUCACUUUGUCAAUCUGUAUUAACCCUUUAAUUGCCAUGUGUGACCAAGACAGAAUUUCUCCUUACAAUAUCAACACAAUAUCAACCAGAUAAAUGAUGAGAGUAAAUAAAAAUAAAAAUUUGGAGAUAAUUAGUUGAUUCAAUACUAAAUUCUCUGAACUAACCUUAUAAGAAUUGUAUGGUUGGGAGUAAGGAGAAUUACAAAUUUGAUGUGGGAGUUAAAGGGUUUAUAAUUUAUUUGCUGGGAAUUACCGUUUAAAAUUGCUUGGAAUUCUUGAAAUUCAACAUGUAAAAGGAUUGCUUGACCGGUUUGAAAAUUUAUUUUACCUGUCAUGCUUAAAAUAAGAAAGAACACUGAGUUUACUGAAAGACAUAUCAUAUUUAGAGUUAUUACCUUCUUUUAUAAUAUCUAAAGCUAAAAAAUUAAAAUAUAACAUGCAAUGUUUCAGAAAUGUAGCUUAAAACAAGCAAUACUUCAACUUUAAAAGGCCAUUGCACUGAUAAUACUAUAGAGAAAGUUGUCAAUUCAUACAGUUCGUACAUAACUUCCCAAAAUAGUAUCAACUGGCCUAUUAAGAGUCAAUGAAUAGUCAUCAUCAUCAUCAUCAUCAUCAUCAUCAUCAGGUCGAGCUUGUUCGGUAUUCCAUGACACGCUCCCUCCAAUGAAUAGUACUCUUACACAUUUUUGCCAGUGGACACAUUCUUUUAUGAAGGUGAUAAUAUUACAGAGACUUUUAAGUCUGUUGACUUAGACGUUAUUGUUUCACUGUUCAAUGAACUGAGAAACCACGUUUUCUACUGGUACAUGAGCUUCAAUGACCCUGUAUUGUAUUGGUGACAAUUAGAGUUACCUUCGUCUGGUAGAAUUAGUUUUGGCUUAAAAAGUGCAUUUAAUAUCAGUGACUGUGCAAUCUGUUUCCUAGGGUUGUACUGGUCUAAUUAUCAAUAAGUAGAGAAACCAUAAAUUGACGGAGUUUUAAAAAUGCUGUUAAUGUCCCCAGGUGUGAUAAUGAAAUAGCGAUUGGGUAGGAAAUCUACAAAUCCCUUUAAACUGCUCCUCCAUCCAGGAAUGUGGGUGCUGAGUGGGAGACCUGGUGUUAUGUUGGGUAAUAUACAUGUGAGGAAUUACAUUUAGUUUUGCACUGAAAGGGAUGGUUAAUACCCCAGUCUUUCUAGAUAGUGCCUUCUUGCUGUAGGCUGCUAUUUAGUAAUUGUUGUAAACACGGUGACCUAAAGUAAUAUAAUUCCCGUAUUCGUUGUGUUGGUAUAUCCUGGUCUAGUCACGGAGUUGGUUCUAUUAACUGACCUGGUAACAGACUGAUUCCCAUAUUGAUGAAAAUUUUCCUAACACAGUGUAGUUUGCUUGUGAUUAUGUAGUUUUUGUCCUUGUUGGGAUGGUGAUAGAUGAUGCUUUUGCAAUUAUGCUUCAAGUGACCAAGUUGUAGCAGUGAUCCUUGCAGGGUGGUAAAUGGAGAUUGUGCAGUCUUGCUUUGAUGUUUCACUGCAGUUUAUAUAUUUGUGUCUGCUUGUGGAUCGUUUUGGAGUUAAAGAGGUUUUAAGGUUUAGGUAUAAUGGUUACGCUGGCAAUGGUUAGAUCUUUGUGAUGCUGCAUGAAGUAGUAAAAACAGGUGCAGCUUUUGUAUUAAUGCUGGUGGAUCUGUGAUUACUUUUAUUAUUAGAUGCUUCUUAGGCGAAAUAGGGUAUUUUAUUAGUUAUCUCCUAAAUUUUAGGAUUAGGUUUCUCUUUUUAUAUUGGUUUUUUAUUUUAGCAGUACAGUAUAUAUCAUUUAAUUAUUUUAGUGAUUUGUAGGUUCACAUCAGCCUUCCUGGCUGCCAAUUUGUAACCCGCAUCACCAAAUAAAAUGAUGAUGAUGAUGAUGAUUAAGAAUCAAACGUCAACCAGCCAGAACUGACCGGGUUUAAGGCCCUCGAGGGGAAAUAAAACUUAUUUCCCCUUAACCUUUAAAUCGCGUUUCAUUUCUGCUCUUUAUGUCUCUGGUUGUUACUUUGCAAACUAAAAAAAAAAUCUUUCUUAAUCCAAAAAAAACUGUGUUGAGAUCUAAUACCUCAUAUUAAACCUCUUAUUAAGUCGACAAAAUAGUUUUUUUUUCGUUGGUGUUUCGUGCUCCUAAGGAUUUAACAAAUGAUAUCACGAUUUUAAACGAUUUCUGGUCUCAAUUGGCUAUCGGGUUUUUUUUUUUUUUUCAAAUGGUCUUAAUUCCCAUAAAUUAGUGUCUAUUCCAUGUUUGACAGGUCAUUCUGAUAAAUUCAGCUUCAUGGGUACGGCUCCAUCGCCAUUUGCGUCUACGAAAGAGACAACCAACUAUGCAAGGCUAUGCCGCCUCCUGGUGGAUAUUGGAUGUCAGGUGCUCCGGUCCACUUUUGACAAAAUACAUCCACCAGCGACGCUACAUACAGUUUUGGGGUGUACCUCAGUGCAUUACGCCAAAUUGCAGUCACUGUACAAAGGGAAGAAGAAAGUGCUGAAUCCCAAGCAAUGGGGAAAGUUGUACCCUACUCACAAAGCUGUGUCUUCUAAAGACUUCGACAUCACACUCCUAACAGUGCUGCUUAGAAAUAUCUGUAGUUUGCGCACUCCUACUAAGGGAUGGGAUGAGCUUCCCCCAGCUACAGACAUACGCAUCGAAGAUGACAUCGCCAGAGUGAAGUAUUACAGGAACACUGUAUACGGCCAUGCUUCUCAAGCCUCUGUGGAUGACAGUAGUUUCAGUGCUGAUUGGCAGAAAAUACGAGAAGCUUUGGUGAGAUUGGGAGGAGCUCAUUUUAGAACUGAAAUCGACAAUCUUGAGCACGACUGCAUGGAUCCAGAUAUGGAGGAGCAUUAUCGUGAACUGAUGAAACAAUGGAAGAAAGACGACGACAACAUCAAAGACAGGCUUGAAGGAAUUGAAAGUAAGAAAAACAUUAUCCACUGCCAAUGUGGAUGAAUCAGAAGGCUACAAAAGUGUAUUUUUCCAGUUAACACGGUAGUGUAGGUCAGCUCAUGAUGUUUUCAUCAUGGUCGGAACUAGUCUCAUAUUUGGAAGGUAUAUUUGCGUUACGUGUGUAAAAUGAAGAAUUAAUCCAAAUGUUCAAACUAUGUUUUCAUUUGCAGUAUUUUUUGUCUGUUCGUAGGUACUCGUGUACAACUGCUCGAGUGAAUUUUUGUGAUUUCUAAGCGUCUUAUUGCGUUUGAUCUAUUCGGAAUCGACUAGAUGUUGAUAUACGUAUCAUUGCUUUAUCUGCACCUAACGUGAAGCUGUGAUAUAAAUUUGCUUAUGAAAAUGCGCAUACCUUUUAAAAUUUUCAGGUUCCCUGGAUAACACGAGAGACACAAUUGACAAGAUAGAGAUCGAAGUGAAAGAGGUGAAAGAGAAGCUGAGUAGUCUGACGGUCUCAGCUGAAAAAGCGCACAAGGUUAGUUGGUAGAGAGAGCUACUCACAGCGAAAGAAAAGAAAUUGUUUAGAGCGACACUGUUUUCUUGGGUACAUAACGCAGCUCAUAUGAAUGACGACGGUAAUCGCUGGAUGUCGGCCAACACAGCAUACUUUACUAGUCUAAGAGCACACCCCAGUCACUACUGGCACUGGUUUUACAUGAAGAUUCUAUGUAAUGUGUGGGAUGCCACGGAAUCUGAGAUUUGGCCCUGGCUACCUCUCGGAUUUGAUGGUGUUUUGAAAGUACUCAUACUUAAGAAUCAUCGUAGUCGGGAUAGUUCAUCGUCUUGUUUUAGUAUUACCUUUCUUAUAAUGAACAUAACUUCCUAGUAACGUUAGAUGUGACCCGCAUAUUUCUGAAUGAAACAACUAAAUCCUUCUUCCUGGCGUAUUGUGGAGUAUUCAAUCCAACAUGGGAAAAUAGUUUAAUGUGGAUCGUCUUGAGUAAAAUAGGUUAGAAUAAGAUGUAUGCGGUUAUUUUACAUUUCCUGAGGAAAAGACUGUCGGCAAAGCCUCCCACUUCAUCGCAGGCGGGUCUCUAGAUUUCUCCAGCUUUGAAUCACCCCGGUGUUGGGUAACUCAUGAUGUUUUCAUUUUGGACGGAAUGUUACGGGAAAAUUUACUGAUUUUCCCGUGUGUGUUAUUCGGAGCAUAUUUAUUCGUAAACUUUUACAUUUAACCAUUUCAAGUCCUUUCAUUUUAAAAAAUCAAAAAAAUGCAUAAAAACCACAUUAGCUUUUGAAUAGAUUUUUGUUGUUACUCGCUUUCAUCACAUGCACCUGCUUGUCGGCACUUUUGUCAUUUAUUACAUGGUUUUUAAAGUAAAUAUAAGUGUUGAUGGUCUAUCUGGAAACAUUGGUUCUCAUGGUAGAUAGCAGCUGAGUUUAAACGCGUAAAUUUAAUUUCUUUUCAUGCGAUGGUUUCCAAACCAACCUUGCGUAAAUAAGUAGAAGCUUUUGAUUGCUUUUCCGUUUUUAUUUCCUAAGCUGCGCUGCUGCAAUUAAGAUAGGUAUUGUUUUCUAUAUCAGAGAUGUAAAUUCGCACCUAAGUUUCCUACGUUAAUGGCCGAGGGUUUAUUGCAUCCGUCUUUUUAAUUUUGAGAUUCUUUUCGUCAUGGAAACAGAUGGAAUAUUUAAGUAGUUUUCAUUUAACUUCAAAGAGACUUUUUUCGCUCCUUUGUGUCCUUAAUCAAAUAUUGCGAUUUGUGUAACAAUAGCACUUCACACCAGUUACUUCUUAAGCAAGUACCUUGUACGGCUUUGAUGAUUACAAACUAGAGUAUGCUAGAGGUCAUGUCGCUUGUUGGCCUGACCUAGAAUAAAAAGUACUGUGGAACCAAAGAUUGUCUUAUCCUUGACGUCCGUAUAAGCUUGCUCGAAGUAGAUCUCCGUGUACCAGGAAAUCGUGACGAGUUUCCGUUCUCGCUGCCGAGUCGUCUCUUCAGAGUUAUUUCCCCCAGUUGUUAUUGUGCCGUCCGCGAAGAUUCAGUUUUCCAGCUAGCGAGCGAAAACCUAUCGUCACAGAACCAGUCACAUACUUGGAACGUUAUUCUAGCGUUAUGUGUGAAAAAUAAAGAAUUAACCCAAAUGUUCACACUGUUUUCAUCGGCAGUUUUUUUUUCUGUUCGUGGGUGCUCGUGUAUAACUGCUGGAGUGCAUUUUUGUAAUUUCUAAGCGUCUCAUUGGGUUUGAUCUAUUCGGAAUCGACUAGAUAUUGAUAUACGUUUCAUUGUUUUGUCUGCGCCUAAACAUAAAUCUGUGGUUUAAACGUGCUUAUGAAAUUGCGCCUAUCUUUCUUACAUUUCCAGAUUCGCGAGAAAAGAUGAGGCACGACCUCAGAGACACAACUGAGAAGAUAGAGCUUAAAAUGAAGGAGAUUUUAGAGACGCUUAGAAGCCUGACGACCACAGUGGAAAAAAGCACAGAUGAAGGUUGGUUACUAGAAAGAGCUACUCACACAUAA